UCCGCCGGGGGUCGCCCUGCUUUGCAGGCACGUUGCGGCUACGGUGAGACGAGUGAGCGGGUGGCGGAGGCGGAGUAGGCGGGUUUAGCGAGCGCCGUCUGGUCGGAGUUAAGGCGAGCGGCGCAGUGAAUCAGCCGGCAAAGCAGCUGAGGCGGUGCCGAAGAAGGCUGCUCACAGCCAGUCGGGGCUCCCGCACAGUUCUCGGGAGGGAGCGACUGGCCACUCCAGGAGGCGUCAUUGGGGACGGCGCUCAGGCAGGCAGACAAGCAGGCAUCCGUCGUGUGCCGCUGCCACACCGGACGAACCUCUGCAUGCAUUUCCUCGUUUGACUGGGGAAGCCGGACGGCCUCGCACCCGCCCCUCUUCCGCCUCCUCGCAGCCCCCAGAGCCGAGCCGGUCCUGCAGGACCUUGGACAGAAACCACAGUGCCCGGUGGGCGCGCAUUGCGGUAACUUCUGAAUCCAAACUAUUUAAGGCCGUAACGGAAAGGAGAGUCAGCACGGUUGAAUCAGAGACCCCUCUGCCCUGGUGGUGACAGCACCCAGCUCUGUCCACUUUGGUCUGCUCCUAGCUGCCUGUGCACCAUGGGCACUGUGCUGAGCCUUUCACCCAGUUACCGGAAAGCCACUCUCUCCGAGGAUGGUUCAACCACAGUGGGGCAUUAUACUGCAGUCCAGAAUAGUAAGAAUGCCAAGGAUAAGAGCCUGAAGCGCCACUCUAUCAUUUCAGUGCUGCCUUGGAAACGCAUCGCAGCUGUAUCUGCCAAAAAGAAAAACUCCAAGAAGGUGCAGCCCAACAGCAGUUAUCAGAACAACAUUACACACCUCAACAAUGAGAACCUAAAGAAAUCUCUUUCCUGUGCCAAUCUGUCCACCUUUGCCCAGAACCAGGGCAGUCAGCCUACAGCUCCAAGCCACCAAAUUUCCAGUUCCAAGGGCACCGUUUCCUCUGUCAAGAAAACACCCCACCCCAGCUGCAACUCAUCUGGCACCCCCAAGAGGGUCCUUGUCCAAGCCUCAACCAGUGAGCUGCUAAGAUGCUUGGGGGCAUUCCUCUGUAGACGCUGCUACAGGCUGAAGCAUCUUUCCCCCACUGAUCCAGUGUUGUGGCUUAGAAGUGUGGACCGAUCUCUCCUCCUGCAAGGCUGGCAAGACCAAGGCUUCAUCACUCCAGCCAAUGUGGUCUUUCUGUACAUGCUUUGCCGGGAUGUCAUUUCAUCUGAAGUAGCCACGGACCAUGAUCUUCAGGCUGUCUUACUUACCUGCCUCUAUCUCUCCUAUUCCUAUAUGGGCAAUGAGAUCUCCUACCCUCUCAAGCCCUUCCUGGUGGAGAGCUGUAAAGAGGCAUUUUGGGAUCGUUGCCUCUCCAUCAUCAACCUCAUGAGUCCCAAAAUGUUGCAAAUCAAUGCUGACCCACACUAUUUCACUCAGGUCUUUGCUGACCUGAAGAAUGAGAGCAGCCAAGAAGAGAAGAACCGGCUGCUCAUUGGCCUGGAUCGGUGAGCUGAAACUCCCUGUCAUUCACCCUUUCAUUUAUCUUCUUUUUUAUGUUCUGUUUCUUUUCCAAACAAGCCAGGACACAUAGGUGAGACGGGACAGGCCUGAAAGAAAUCAGCCACCCACCACUGGUCUCCACCAUUAUUACCUUGGCUUCUAUGAAUCAAAACUGACAAGAAAUGAAAUGGGUUUGUCUGUUUGGUUUUCAGUUUUGCUGCAUGUGAUGGAUAUGGCUUCUUUUCCAGAUUGUAAACCAGGAGAGGGCAAAAUUGAGUGGAGAAGCAAGCACCACAACAUAAGAUCAUGGCAUCCUUUCACCUUUUGCUUGUCCUAAACAGCUUGCAAAUUGGGAUAAACUAGCCUGCAGGAUUUACUUCUUUACAGUGGAAAGCAGUGGAGGAACAUAAUAUUUACAAUUCUUAAGAAGAAAAAGACCAAAUCUAAUAGAUGUUCUAGCACUUGGUAUUCUAAAAAAGGGAUUCAAGAAUGGAUUUUUAAAAAUAGAAAUUUAAUUAUUAUUACUUUAUACACCAAUUCCAACAAGAUGACAUCAUCUCAGUACUGGCCUUCAAAAGGGACUCUUACUCCACGACAGAGUGAUUAUAUUGAGAAACAGAAGUGGGUAAGGAAAAGUCAGAAAAUAUACAAGAGACACCUCAUUCUGUGUAUGAUAUCACCACUUGCACCCAUUUCAUUGGGGACCUUUGAUCUAGGCUCCGUAGGUCUUCUCUAAAUAUCAGUAUCGAAGGGCGAAGAUGAGAUUUGACAAUCUUUUCUUGCUAAGGCAGAUAUAAGCCAGAAUAUGGGUUAGGAGGUGAGAUUCAAAAAUCCCAGGCAAUAGUUACUAGCUGUUAUUGAUUUGCUGGGAAGUGAUAUAUGUUAGUAUUGAUUGGUCAAAAAUGGUUAAUUUUUUGGGGGGUGAUAUUUGCAUAAUAUACCUUUGCUGUUUCAUACAGGCUGAAUUUGAGUCCCUUGAGAUUUUUCUGAGAAUCCGCAAUCAAGUUCCCUUAUUCAAUUAUUUAUUGAAAAAUGCUAGGCUUAUGUUAUUACAUGUAGGACUUGGUGCUGAAUUUUAGUGUAGAAAUGUUUUUCUUCUAGGGGGUUCCUUGCAGCUCCAGCCAGGACGGUAUAGUUCAGGGGUAGGCAACCUUGGCUCUUUUAUGAGUCAUGGACUUCAACUCCCAGAAUUCCUGAGCCAACUGGCUCAGGAAUUCUGGGAGUUGAAGUCCACGAGUCAUAAAAGAGCCAAGGUGGCCUACCCGGUAUAGUUCAUAUGCCAACCAACACUCUUCACGCUUUAUGAAAAGACAAUAACAGCCACAAUAAACAGAACAAGGAAACCCACUGAAUGAUAAUAAAAGACUUCCCUUUUCUUAUAGUGUUGAAGACUGAGAGUGAAGAUAAGUUGUAAUCUAAACCUACAGCAGAUACAAAAUAUUCAGAUAUUUUGUACAUUUUAUAGAGUAAUAUUGCAGAAGGUUCUUUUGGGCCACAAAUCUGUUCCCAUGCUUGGAGACAUUCUUUUCCAUCUCGUAGACUUACAAUUAUAGAUGAACAUCUAAGAAUUUAAAUAUUUUCCCCCACACUGAACAUCUAAAUAUUUGAAUAAAUUUAAUUUUUUAUGCUUAGAUAUUUAUUUUGUUUUGUUCUCUAGCUCCUGAACAGUAUGUAAAGGUUAAAAUAUUCUAAUCUUCAGGGAUAGUCAAAAGUAUAUAAAAAAGAGUAGUGGGGAGACUGAAUUUCCCUCAGUUACUAAUAAUAUGUAUUAAAAGUCAAUAGUCCAGAUCUAGGGUUCUAUGGAAGAUGUGAACUUUUGGUAUGGAGGUAAUCUUCACUGUUUUAAGUUCUCACAAGCUGGACAGUUAAAUAGUAUAAAGGCAAUAAUACUCUGGGGUAAAGAAGGCUGUGGAUAAAAUGAUAAGUUAGAAAUAUUCUAGAAAGCUCUUCUAAUGCUAUUGCUAAGGAUGCUGGCAUUCUAGCAGAAAGGCAGAGGGAGAAUUGUAUUGUGUCUUUAAAUAAGGUAGCUUGCAAUUAACUUAAAAAACAACAAAGCACUAUUAAAAAUACAGAGGAACAUUAAAAGCUGUGAAAUCUGAAAAGGUCAAAGCUAAAAGGCUGCAGUAGACUUGAACUAAAUUCAUAUGUUGUGAUGAUUAAACAGCUGCUGGGUUUGUUCAGCAGGUCUUGCCACUGCCUCAAAAGCUAGGCCAAAAUCUGAGCCAUAAGAAGUGAGAUACUGUUAAGCUUGCUGUUGAAUGUGUAAAGGAAAACUGAGCCUUAGCAUCAAAGAGGAAAGGGAGGGCUCCUUUACAAUUCUCUCCUGUAAACCAUUUGCCGCUCUGAAAUGGGUGGCAUCUAUCAUCAUAUCAGUCUCCCUUAGAGACCCCAGUUCUUCAUUCAGCAUGAGUUCUGGAAUACUUUACAGUAGUUCAGACUAAAUUCUGGUAUGUGUUUGAAGACAUCAUUCCUCUGGUUGUUCAAAAUGGCAGUAAAUCUUUUUGCCCUUCCUCUCCUUUUUAAUAAAGACUAUAUAUUAAAGGUAAAAUCACAGUUGUACUCAUAUGGAUAUGAAAGCUUAAAGCUGCAAUCCUUUGCAUGUUUACAUGGAAAUAAGUUGCAUUCAAGGAAUCAGACUUAUUUCUGAGUAGGUAUGCUUUAGAUUGCACUGCAUGGGAAGCAAAUGUGACUUGAUGGUAUCAUUGAUGUGCAAAACUAUCUUGGCUUGAACCUAUAUAUUUACUGUUUUAUAGUGGGGAAAACCGUCAAUUGACUUACUUGAUAUAAAAGAGUAAUGAGUGAGAAUUUACUAUGCUGCUGUGUGAAAUGAAUCAUUUUAGAACAAAAUCUAUGUUUAUGGCAAGAGGAAAAAGAAAACCUAAUCCUUUUUUGUCGUUCCAUUAUUGCUUUCCUGUAAUACUGUGCAUGCCAAAAGCAGCAUUGUGACUUUUGACAGCAGGCAAAACUUUAGAACAGUUGAUUGUAAAAAGACAAAAAAAUAGAAACACAAUAAUUCACCAUGCACAAAUUUCAAGCAGAUCUUCUGCUUUCAUCCACACCUUCAUUUCUUCAAAUCAAUGUAUUUCAUCUCAAGACCUCUAGAUAUUUUCUGAUAUAAACUGUACACGGUUCUUAAUGUUUAGCUCUGUCCUAAACUAUUUUUUCUCAAAGGAAAAAAAACACAAAAUAGUGUGCCAUUUUUUUUCACUUGAACAUUCUUCAAAACUACAUUUUGGAAGUGGGAGAAAAGAAAACAGGAUCUGUUAAAUUCUAUAUGUCUAUGUAUGUUAAAGUUUUUGGAUUUUUUUUUAGUGUGCAAUCCCUUCUGUAGAUAUUUGUUGACCAAAAUUGGUAUUAUUGCUUAUUAUUACUUAAUUUAUAAAUGGUCUUUUGUAUGUAUGUGUACUAUAGUGUGUUUCUAAGUAUGUGAGAUUUAUAAAUAUGACAAGACUGUCAAAGAGCUGUGUGUGCCUGUAACUUAAUGCCUCCCUAUUUUUAUUUAUUUUUGUACUGUGCUGAUUAAAAAUAAAAUGCACUGACCAUCCAUGACACAAAU